GGUCAGGUCGAUGUCAAUGUGAGGGAUAACGACGGCCAGACGCCGUUAUCAUGGGCCGCAGGGAACGGCCACGAGGCCGUCGUGAAGCUGCUGCUCGGCACGGGUCAGGUUGAUGUCAAUGCGGAGGAUAACAACGGCUGGACGCCGCUGACGCGGGCCGCUGAGAAGGGCCAUGAGGCCGUGGUGAGGCUGCUGCUCGGC